AUGGCCAGCGGCGCCUCCAAGAGACUCAACGUCCUGGUAUAUUCCGGUGCGCAAACCUACCCUGACUGGCGAGAAAACAUUCUGACGGCGCCUCCAGGCAAUGGCACGACAGUGGACUCCGUGCGGCAGUGUCUGUACACCCUGCGCCGCAUCCUGUCGCCCAACUACGCCGUCAUCCCCGUCACCGGCGAGAUGGUCAUCAAGGAGCCCUGGACCGCCUCCUGCGCCCUCUUCGUCAUGCCCGGCGGCGCUGACCUGCCGUACUGUAGGACCCUGAACGGCGAGGGCAACAGGCGCAUCAAGCAGUUCGUCCAGCGUGGCGGCAGCUAUCUUGGCCUCUGCGCGGGCGGCUACUACGGCAGCGCGCGGUGCGAGUUCGAGGUCGGCAACAAGAAGCUCGAGGUCAUAGGUGACCGAGAGCUGGCCUUCUUCCCGGGCAUCGCGAGGGGGUGCGCCUUUGCUGGCUUCGUCUAUCACUCGGAAGAGGGUGCUAGAGCUGCGGACCUAAAGGUGUCUCGGUCUGCGCUGCCCGUGGGGAGCGUCCCGGAUACCUUCAAGUGCUACUACAACGGCGGCGGCGUCUUCGUCGAUGCGUCCAAGUACGCAGACGAGGGGAUAGAGGUGCUUGCCAGCUAUACGGAGAAGCUACAUGUCGAUCCGGGCGAGGGCCAGGCCGCUGUUGUCUACUGUCCGGUGGGAGACGGUGCCGCUAUCUUGACCGGACCUCAUCCAGAAUUCUCUGCUGCCAACCUGGACCGAGACGAGGCCUCAGCCCCUGACUACUCCUCUGUCGUGGAUGUGCUAGCGAGAGACGACAAGGUCAGGACGGACUUCCUCAAGGCAUGUCUGGCCAAACUCGGCCUCCAGAUCAAUCAAGAUACAACUACGGUACCGUCUCUCUCCCAGAUUCAUUUAUCUGCCCUUGAGCCAGGCGCUGCUCUAGAGGUUCUAUCCUCCCUGGAAGAUGUCAUCACCACAGAGGACGGCGAAGACUACGUCAAGGAUGACAACGAUACCUUCAUCCUUGAGAAGCCGUCUUCCAUGAAGAUGGCCAAGGUUGCAGAGGCAUUGCCAGAGGUCACUCCAUCGACGAAGACAGAGGCCGCUGCUACUGACGUUGAGGAUAGAAUAGUCGACUAUAACGCCGUUGUCAAGCGGUUGGUGAUAAACGACGAGCUGCCAGACACCAAAACAACUCCAUAUUUCAACCAUCAUGCCUUUUACUCGAAUUUGAAAGAGUAUAGGCUCCGGUCGAAGGAGGACUCUAGGGUCUUUGGCUCGCAUAUGCUAUACGGUGAAGUGGUCACUAGUACCAAUACCAUCUUAGAAAAGAACUCUCGUUUACUACGGAGGCUACCCAACGGCACCACGGCCACCGCUACUGUCCAGGUGGCCGGUCGAGGCCGUGGUUCCAACGUCUGGGUCUCUCCACCAGGCCAGCUCAUGUUCUCUGUCUGCGUGCAUCAUCCAGUCGACAAGCUUAUGUUGUCCCCCGUAGUUUUCAUUCAAUAUCUCGUUGCCAUGGCCAUCGUCCAGGGCGUCAAGAGCUACGGUAAAGGCUACGAGACUUUGCCAGUAAAACUAAAAUGGCCAAACGAUAUAUACGCUCUGGAUCCAUCUGACCCAACAUGCAAAACAUACACCAAAAUAGGUGGCAUCUUAGUCAACGCCCACUACUCGGCAAACGAAUACAUCGCUGUGGUAGGCGCAGGACUUAACGCCCUAAACCCAGCCCCCACGACAUCCCUAAAUGCCCUCCUACAGUGCUUCAAAUCAACAUCAAACCCAGAACCCCCGUCCCUGGAAAAGCUCCUAGCUCGCAUCCUUACCACUUUUGAAGAGCUAUAUGGCCGCUUCCUCCGCACUGGCUUCGACAAGGAAUUCGAAGACAUGUAUUACUCAAACUGGUUGCAUAUGGACCAGAUCGUCACCUUGGAGGCCGAGGGCGGCGUGCGUGCAAGAGUCAAGGGUAUCACGAGGGAUUACGGGCUUUUGAUUGCCGAGGAGCUGGGCUGGGAAGAUCGGCCAACAGGGAAAGUAUGGCAGCUGCAGAGUGACAGUAACAGCUUCGAUUUCUUCAAGGGGCUCUUGAAGAGGAAAAUGUAG